GCUUCCCUGUUGGCAAUGCGUGUAGUUAACUAUUAGGUUACAUGAGAAGAAUUCAUUAAGCAUAGAUUAAAUAGGCGACCCCACACCUACCCUACACAAUAAAGGCUGCGAAGUGCAAUGUGUCGGCUAAUAUUUAUGGCUUCAUUCUAGACCGCGGUGGGGAUCUUGAAAAUCCAAGUCCUUGUCACCACCUUUGCAAUCAAAACAAACUUGUUGUCGAUCCUCUGGUACCAAGGAGGUGUUCCUACAUACAUAUUUAUGUAUAUAUAUAUAUAUAUAUAUAUAUAUAUAUGUAUGCGUGUCUAUUUCAACAUUAUACAUUUGGAUGCAGAUGCGAUUUAUAUGGUGCUUCUCCGGCUCCAGUGUGUAUUGACCUCUCUAAGGAUGCCUGUCCAACGUACCUAGAAUCCUUUCACAAUGAACAAUAGGAGAAAGAAAAAGAAGGACAUGAAGCAUUCGCAACCACUAAGCCGCCCGCUACGGUUCUUUUCAAUAAGAAAAAUACGAUAUCUAUUGCCUUGAAAAUUUUCUUUUGAUCUACAAUUGCACAAAUCUACUGACUAGUCUCGACCGGUUGAUUGUUAGUUUACUACGUGAUGGACGGUUCAUGGUUGUUCGGUGCCAAAGGGGUUUCUCUCCGCAAAGGAUGGUAUUGGGAUAAAACAUGUCAUCUCAAAAGAAAACCUUUGUGGUUCCCUAUAUGAUCUCAUUGAUGCGCACCAUCCAUCAAUUAAUGGUGUUGGAGCAGCUGGGAGAAUCUUUUAGGGAGAGCAAUUGCGAAGAAACAAACGGAGCUCCGUGUCAAACAUAGUAUCCCGCAGUGUCUUUUUUUAUCAUGGGUAAUUCAUUUAUCUUAUAUCAAGGAAAGUUGCCUUCUUGUGUGGUACUCUGAUAUUCACGUCGUUACUCUUUUGUCGUACUAGUCUUGUUGCACAAGAUAAAUAGAUCUACAGCGAAGGGAAAAAAAGUUCAAAAGGGAUAGUCCCUAUUAGAAGAGUAGUGAUAGUAGUAGUGAGCACAGUAGUAGUAGCAUCACACACACACACUGGGGAAUUCCAGACGAAAACCCUGAAGGAUACAUUCACCAUUUAAGGAAGUGAGAUAUUCGCAUCAAUGACGGAGUAUUUGCGUGAUCUCGCGUCAAGCCAGCCCGGUGACGCGAGACCUCCGAUCAAUCUCGGCCCCUACGACAACCCACUGCUCUGGAAUAAGUUAGAUCCCUUCGGGGCGGAUCGCGGCCACCAGCGCCGUCCGAUGACGGUCUCACGCGAUUUUAUGGAGCUUAAUCAGGUGCCGAUCGUAUUCCGAGAUCAGUGCGUCCACCGCUGGGUUCCUUUCCACCGUUGCAUGAAGAAUUUGAAGCCGGUUACUUGGGGGACUGUCAACUGCCACGAGUUCGAAGAGGCAUGGUUGAUCUGUCGCUCCUACGAAACCUAUCGCAUGCAGCUUCUCAAGACAAAAUUUAUGGAGCUCACCAAAGACUACACCGUUGAGGAUAAGAAAUUUUUCCCCAGCAUGCGUUAUAUUAACAUGCCGUACUACAUCUCGUCAUUCUACUGGAGUCUCGCAGCGUCGCAGCGGCUGAGUGGGUGGGAUGAAAAGGAUCCAAUGAAUCCUGUGAUGCAAAAGGAACCAAAUCGAUCGCUAAUGCGCUCGGAGUUCUCGCCAACUAAUUGGGAGCAGGGAACCCUAACGAGCGCCUACGGGCACAAGCUCAUUUCGGAUAAGGUGGUUCACGAUAUGGUACCAGGAUUCCCCCUUCCUGAGGACAAAAGACCAGUUGAGGCGUGAAUUUGUAGAAGGAAUCGAUAGGAUCACAGACAAUAUACGCAGGUUACGCGUAGUUUUUAACAAUGCUUUAUAUAUAUGUAUGCGAGUGAGUACUGCAUAUUAGGAAUAUUUAGGAGGGUGUCGAUUUGUUUGGCUUACUGCAUUGUGUAA